UUUAUGCCGUACUCUUAUGUAGCUAAACACAUAUACGCUCGGAAGCGCAGUUUUCUAUAGUUUAAUGGUUUCAUCUCGGUAGCAGUUUAAUAGUAACAGGUUAAUCACGGUAGUUUAACAGUUAGGAGGUUCAUCUCGGUAGUUUCAUCUCGGUAUAACCUUCGUAAUUUAUAGUCUACACGGCAUCCUAGGCGGGCGAUAAUUUUAACUGCUGCGCAUUUUUCAUUUUUUCCGGCUGAGAAACAUUGUUUUUUGAAUAAACAGUACUUAUUCAGGCCAGGGUUAGCGAGAUCUACUAAAACCGAAAGUGCCAGUAUUUAUCACGUACGUGAUCUAACUACCCGAUGCAAAAUUAAUUUACGUAGCCUGUCCCGGUGAUUUGGUAGACAACUGCAGCUGCACAAUGCCGGCAAUAAGAUUGGGAAUCGAGAUCGGAUUUCGAUAUGUCGGUGUCACAGUGUAUGAUAAAGGUGUCCCCAGUAUGCCGGUGCCCAAGUUCCCCGCCGUGGCCGCUUUUAGCGCGGCCAGCAGAACCGAAUGGUAUUUCGGCCUGGAAGCUCGCGGUUAUCGCACGGACCCUAAUUUCGAGUACCGUCCCAACAUGAAAGCAAUGCUGCUGGACUAUGGUGGGCAUGUGAACAAGGAUCCGAUAUUACCCGAGCUACUACACCGGCUGUUUGCCUACGUCAAAGCCAGGGUGGAAAUCGGAGGCCAGAACGAGGUGCACGGUGUUGCCGUGGUUCUGCCGCAUAGUCUACAGGAUAGUACCGAGAUGCACCAGCUAGUGGUGGACGCUUGGCAACUCAACAAUGUCAGUAACGUCUUCUGCAUCUCUGACACCACCGCUAUUCUUCUGGCGUAUAUCGCGCAGACCCUGGAUCGCAAUGCACUUAAAAAGUACUCCACCGAAGACUGCCAUCUGAUCGUCUGCAAUGCCAACGAAGAGCACUUCCAGGUGGAUGUCUUUGAGAUUGUCAGCGACAACUACGUGGUCAAAUAUCAGAGUGCUGGGACUGGAAGUAUGGUGCGAGAUUGCUUACGUGCGUCACGCCACAGUCUUCUGGAGAUGGUCUACAAGCAGUUGCAGAAUGCCGGUAUGCGCCCGCUAACCGAUCCAAUGCGCGCUGAAUUCGAGAAAGACUGGCUAGAACAGAUCGCCCAGUUCCAUGACCCCCGUGUCCAACAGGUGAAUAUCUGCUCGCCGGCGCAGGAUGUCACGGUGACGAUAACUAGGGAAAUGCAUGAUAUGGUUUUGCAGCCUAUUACUGAUAUCAUUGAACAGCGGUUGACGGCUGAGUUAAGGGCUUUUGGGAUCAUGAAUCCGGAUACACUGCAGUGCGGCAUUGUGGAGAUUGUCCUGGUGGGUGAAAACUCAAGACUGCUGCUGCUACGCCGCGCACUGGAGAAACUGAAGAAGCCUCUAAACAAAAUGGUUUCCAGCUAUGUCGAUGAUGCGGAAGCCUUUGGCGCCGCCAUCGCCAGUUAUGUGGUGGGAAAUGCUUAUCAACAGCAGCAGUUGUACCGCCUACAGGAGGGUCUGGUCGUUAAUAUGGAUAAGAUCCUCGCAGCGAUUGUACCGUCCCAGGAAACCAGCGUAGCCAGACCAGUCAGAGAUAUCUUCGUCAACAGUCGUCCGCCUUUUGUGUUAUCUGGCCAGCUGUGCACGGUUGGACAGAAAGAUAUCGUAUCCCUGGAUUCCUGUAGCCUGAUAUUGUCCACCAAGCUGGUGAGAAACGCCAAUUUGCAUUAUAUCGAAGUAGUGUACAGUGAUGCCGGCCAGAAGACAACGUACAUGCGCAUGCUGGUGGACAGAAGCCUGCUACUCCAUGUCAAGGGCCGUGAGCAAACGGAGCAGACAUUUGUACUAACCCAUAUUGCCGACCCUGAGCACACGGAGAGGACAUUCCUCGUACUGCGAAUUCCCUUUCGGUAUCACGGCGGCACUACCCAGUGGUGUGAAUUGUGGUUUCUCGCUGACGAUCCACAGGAAUAUGACAAAUUCAUCGAUGAUUAUGCGUCGCGUCUUAAAGAGAUGACUUCGACCGUGGCUUCCGAAAUUAAUGGGGAUGCAACAACCAGCUUAACUCAGACAUCAUCGUCCGCGUUUGUGGCUAUCGUAUCGGAUAAGCUGCACGAAAAACAUCCGUCGCAGGUUCCAAAGGAUCGAUACCAUCCGAGCAUUAUCGUGGUUAGCAAUUCACCACAUGAAGGUCUUUAUAUAGCGGUUCAACAAUGUCCCGAAGUCUCCGAGAACUGGCACGUCAGUGAUACCGGCUUCACGAUAGAUCCACAUUACAAGCAGAGGAAAUCGAAGCAUGAUAGAAGCGCAAUGGUUGUAGACUACGGUUCCAACGUCUGCGUCCGCAUUUGCUUUCCAAAUGAGACAACACGGGAAUGCUUUCACAAAGCCUGUCUAGAAUACCCGCCACCGGUAAACAAUCGUUCUCUCCGUCCUAUUUCCUACGUCCAGGAAACAUGCAAUUUGUGAUAUAAAGACCAAAUUAGCACAUAUGUGACGCCAACGGCCUACAAACAGCCAAGGAUUUUCUGCAAUGUAAAAUUUUCCAAGUUCAUGCCCUGACGUUUAGAUACGGAUUCUGUUUCUCGUUGGAUGUUUAGAGAAUUUUUUAUGUUUUGUCACUGCCAUUAUUAUUCCAUCUCUUACUAAUUACUAGUUACUACCACUUCACAAAGCCCACUGACAAACCUGCCGCAACCAAGAUUAUCACAUGCUGACACUUGAGGCACUGUGAAGUGUGAGCCGGCCUUUUUUUAUGAACGCAUUUUGCGGCUUCUGUGUAACGAAAACGUGAAAUCAUAUUGUAGCCAGGCCGGCGAUUAUGCCUGUGAUACAGAGGUUAUUCCGGAAGAUGUUUUCCUCUAUUUUGCCGGGUCCCCAUUUGUAUCGAUACAACAACGAUAUAUUUUUGCUACAUAACUUAUUUUCUACACCUAUUGAAGAAAAAAAGAAUUUCCACUGUCGAUGAAGAA